AUGAAACUCGGCACUGCAGCGCAGGAUGCGAGAUGGGAACCGGUCGAAGUCUGGUCAUUCUGUUCAAGCGCGCGGCUCAUACUGUGUCGAUCGACCAGGCCGGACGAUACGAGUAGACAAGCUCUUUUACUGUUGGUUCUCCAAAGCCCGCGGAAACGUGUACUUGCUACUAUGCCAAAUAAUUCAACUAGGAAACUGCUAAGGAACGAUGGUGCGCAAAUAAAUCCUGUAAUGUCGGCGAGUAGUCUUGUUAUGAAGCUUAAUCCAAAAAAUGCAACCGCAAAUGAUGAGUGA